UGUGGAGCUGCAAAAGUGAAUGGUGGCGGACGUUGUGAUGUGCAACUAAAAGUGCACGCCCGAUAGCCGCAGGAGGAUGCAUGAGAAGUCCCUCUGCAUCUUAGGCCAGAUCCGGAUGCUGCUUGCUGCUGUCACGAAAACAAUUGGAGUUGAUGUAGAGUGGUUGAACAAGACUCCAGGGAGAUGGCCAAGCUGCCCGAGCCCGGCCGCAAUUAGGCAAGGAUUUGCCAAGAUGGUGCCGCCGCUGGCAUCUUUGAUAGGGCUUCUAGAACGUCUCGAGAGGGUGUCAAUGGCACGCCAUGGGUGCAGUGCAGGACAAUUUGCUGACAACGAAUAACCCCCGCACGCGCUGGUGCUGGUGCUGGAUAUCUCGCCAGUGCCCGCAGGAAGCAAUGACAGACCUUGGCAGGGUGUAUGAGCAAGCGCUUUGAGACGAGUUCGGGACAAACAUGCCACAACACGGAGUAUAUG